CCAGUGUUGAGCUCCGCGCUUUGCGAAGCACACGCCGUACUGGACAAUUAAACACAUAUUCUGCAUCACAACCUUAUGGAUACGAUAUAGUUCUACUGAUGGUCUACUAAGAGGGCGAAUCCAGAGCUGACUCGUUUGUCUUGAACCCCGGUAUUAAAUUUCACCUUCAUCGCGAUCUGCAGAGGAAAAGUCUCACGACUGAAGCCAUGCCCUGCGUCCAGGCUCAGUAUGGCUCAUCCCCGCAGGGCGCGAGUCCUGCGUCUCAGAGCUACAGUUACCACACCAGCGGAGAAUACAGCUGCGAUUUCCUCACGCCAGAGUUUGUGAAGUUCAGCAUGGAUUUGACCAACACCGAGAUCACCGCCGCCACCACCUCUCUGCCAAGCUUCAGCACCUUCAUGGACAACUACAACACCGGUUAUGACGUGAAGCCGCCUUGUCUUUACCAGGUGCCCCAUUCUGGAGAACAGUCCUCCAUAAAAGUGGAGGAAGUCCAGAUGCAUACAUACCAUCAGCAGAGCCAUUUGGGCCCGCAGUCAGAGGAGAUGAUGGCCCACUCCGGGCCUAUGUACUUCAAACCUUCCUCACCUCACGCUCCUGGAGCGGCAAACUUCCAGGUUCAGCCAAAUCAUAUGUGGGAGGACCCGAGCUCACUGCACACUUUUCAUCAGAACUAUAUGACCACGCAUAUGAUAGAUCAGCGCAAGAACCCCGUGUCCAGGCUCUCCCUCUUCUCUUUCAAGCAGUCUCCACCCGGAACCCCUGUUUCCAGCUGUCAGAUGCGCUUUGACGGGCCUCUCCACGUGUCCAUGGGGCACGACAGUUCCGGAGCGCACCGAGCCCUGGACAGCCAGAGUUUCGCAAUGCCCAGUGCUAUUAGGAAACAGGCGGGAAUAGCCUUCACGCACUCUCUGCAGCUCAGUCACGGCCAUCAGCUGAUGGACAGUCAGAUGCCGUCACCCCCGUCCAGAGGAUCUCCGUCCAGCGAAGGUUUGUGCGCGGUGUGUGGGGACAAUGCGGCUUGCCAGCACUAUGGAGUCCGAACGUGUGAAGGGUGCAAAGGUUUCUUCAAGCGUACAGUACAGAAGAACGCCAAAUAUGUCUGUUUAGCCAAUAAAAACUGUCCUGUGGAUAAACGCCGGAGAAACAGAUGUCAGUAUUGUCGAUUUCAGAAGUGCCUGGUGGUCGGAAUGGUGAAAGAAGUUGUCCGGACCGCCAACUUAAAGGGUCGGCGAGGCCGUUUACCCUCCAAACCCAAAAGUCCGCAGGAGUCUUCGCCCCCCUCUCCGCCCGUCAGUUUGAUCAGCGCACUGGUCAGGGCUCAUGUGGACUCCAACCCUUCUAUGAGCAGCCUCGACUACACCAGAUUCCAAGCCAACCCGGACUACCAACUGAGCGGAGAUGACACACAGCACAUCCAGCAGUUCUACGACCUCCUCACCGGAUCCAUGGAGAUCAUCCGCGGAUGGGCAGAAAAGAUUCCCGGGUUCACCGACCUGCCUAAACCGGACCAGGACUUGCUGUUCGAGUCUGCCUUCCUGGAGCUCUUCGUGUUGCGCCUGGCGUACAGGUCCAACCCGAUGGAAGGCAAACUCAUCUUCUGUAACGGAGUGGUGCUGCACAGGCUGCAGUGCGUCCGUGGAUUCGGCGAGUGGAUUGACUCCAUAGCGGAGUUCUCGUCUAAUCUUCAGAACAUGAAUUUAGACAUAUCUGCUUUCUCAUGCAUCGCCGCCCUAGCCAUGGUCACAGAGAGACACGGACUGAAAGAACCCAAGAGAGUGGAGGACCUUCAAAACAAGAUAGUAAACUGUCUGAAAGACCAAGUCACCUUCAACGGAGGCGGCUUGAAUCGUCCAAACUAUUUGUCCAAACUGCUGGGUAAACUGCCUGAACUGCGCACACUGUGCACACAGGGUCUGCAGCGCAUCUUCUACCUAAAACUAGAAGACCUGGUCCCACCGCCAGCAAUAAUCGACAAACUGUUUCUUGACACCCUUCCCUUUUAAACCGCAAGAAAAGAAGAAAAUAAAACUAUUUCAAACAACCUCAGAGAACUUCCACUGACUCUCUUCAAAACUGAAAGUCUGUUUUUUUGGUUGUUUUUUUUUUUUUUUUUUUUUUUUUUUUAAUCCACCAACCAUUGCCAAACGACCUGCGCUUUCUGAAAAAAGAAAGAAAGAAAUAAAAAAAAAAUGACUCACUAAUCUAAAGCCUGGAAAACACCACGCGAAAUAAUGAUGUUAAUAACUUUUGGCAUCGGCAAGUUCUUUUGCCCCUUUAUCCCAAAAAAAUAAAAUAAAAAAUAAAAAAAAAUUUAAAAAAAAUACAAAUACCGCUACUGAGUAUCUCAGAACAGAGAGAGAGAGAAAUUGGGAAGAAAGUAAUGAUAAUAUGAUAAAUUAUGAUAAAAUACACAUAUUAUUCAAUAGUAUGCCUGAUUUUGAACAAUGAAAAAUAUCUCGCCACUACUAAUCGUUUAUUGCAAACGUCUUUAUUCAUGGGAAAUCACAGAGUAGAGUGUACUAUACACCAUUUCUAUAUACCUAUUCAAUAGAUUAUGUGAUUUAUAUGAUGUGUAUAAAGCUUGUACAGAGAUUGUUUUUUUCUUUUUUCUUUUCUUUUUCUUUUAUAACUUGUGCCUGUGUAUCUCUGUCAGGUGGAAAGGAGACGCAUGUUGUAGAGGACUCUUGUCUCCAUUACACACUCUAUAUUCCGGACACUAUGUAGUCUGUUAGAUUUUAUAAAGAUUCGUAGUAUUGGGGCAACUUUUAAAUAUGGCACAUGUGGAUAAAACCCAGUAUCGUCUGUACAGGUAAAAAAGGACCCAUAGUGUUUGUAAAAUUGUCAGACAUUCCUCGUUUGUAUGUGUUGUAUGUAUUGUUGCUGUUUAAUAUAAACGUUUAUAUAUUUAUUUUGAGUUUGUCGUUAAAGCAUGGUGCAGUUGAAAUGAUUUCAGACGCAUCACCGUCGUCUUUGUUUAAUGUCUAACAUGUGAUUUUAUUUGCCAUCUUCUGUUCCUGUAGGUGUGUGAAGAUCAUCACUGCCUUUUUCUAUGGUUUAACUAAAUAUACUGCAACUCGUUCGGUUCCGAUUCCGAGUCAAACUUCAUGAAAAAGGAAUAUUUAAUGUUUACAAAUAAAACUUUUAAAUCAUUUCCAUUCAGGAUCCGUGUCUCUUAAUCACAUCUCAUUAUUUUGUGGUCAGAAAUUGCUCAUUUAAAAACCUACUUUGCUCAAGGA